AUGUCGGACGCCGACUUCGAUACUGUGCGGCGCCUGCAGGCAGAGCGCAAUGCUCAGGCAGCCGGCAAGAAAGGUUCAAAGACCUUCGAUCCAUCCACUCAACGCACUGACUCAUCCACCAAGGCGUCUUUGACUGAAAGUUUUGAUACCAUUCUCUACGACCGCGAUGGCGCCGACAAGUUCGCGGGUUAUCACACUUCUCUCCCCACCGAUGGCGAAGACGAUGAGAUGCCAGAUGCAGACAGCAGUCGGAGACUUGUCGGGCAGUAUACAGCGACAAAGGAUCAAAUGAACGAGUUCGCAGCGGGAAAUGGUGUGGAGGAAGAGGAUAUUCUACUUGGGCGUGAGAAAUCUGCCAGAAUAGCAGAUCGUGAAACUGAUUACCAGAAGCGAAGAUUUGAUCGUGGCCCUUUGACCCCUACACGAGCCGAUCCCUUUGCUGCAAACAAGCACGCGGGCGUCACUGAAGGUGCUACCUACCGCGAGGUCAUGCAAUUGCAGGAUCUUGAACGCGAGGAGGAACGGAUCAAGAAACUCAUUGCCGAAAAGCAGUCAAAUGGUGAUGCCGUCGAGCACAAACCAACACUCAAGGAAGAAUCGGACAAGGAGAAUGCGGACGCGGGGUCCACUGUCGAGGCAACGGGACGCAAGCGUAAGAAGAGAUGGGACGUUUCCAGCGAGGCUACUCCUGCUCCUGAGGGCGCCGAGGUGAAAAAGCGUUCUCGAUGGGAUCAGGCUCCAGCCCCGGACGGAGCACCAGCGCCAACAAAACGCUCCCGAUGGGAUCAGGCGCCUGCACUUCCAUCAGCGACUCCCCUGGGCAAUGCCGGACUUGCCACUCCAAUGCACCCCUCACAAAUGGCACAGGUAGGCUUCGGGACAGACAUCACUGGAAGAAACGCUCCUUGGUCAGAUGAAGAACUCGAUAUGAUGCUUCCUACUGAGGGUUACACCGUACUCGAACCACCUCCCGGAUAUGCCCCAAUCCGACCUGUCGCCAGAAAAGUCGUUGCCACUCCCGCCACGAGCGCCUCAGCCGGCAUAGGCGGCUUCAUGAUGCAAGAGCCAGAGAACCCCAGAAUUUUGGGCAAGCAACUUCCCACUGAAAUUCCCGGUGUGGGUGACCUUCAAUUUUUCAAGGCUGAGGACAUGACCUAUUUCGGCAAACUCGUCGAUGGUGCUGAUGAAAAUGCCAUGUCAGUCGAAGAGCUGAAAGAGAGAAAAAUCAUGCGCCUGCUGCUCAAAGUCAAGAACGGCACUCCGCCAAUGCGUAAGACUGCCCUCCGACAAUUGACUGACAAUGCGCGUCAGUUUGGAGCUGGGCCCUUGUUCAACCAGAUUUUGCCCUUGUUGAUGGAAAAGUCCUUGGAAGACCAGGAACGCCAUCUACUCGUCAAGGUUAUCGACCGUGUUCUUUACAAACUCGAUGACCUGAUCAGGCCCUACGUGCACAAGAUCUUGGUCGUGAUUGAACCUCUUCUUAUCGAUCAGGAUUAUUACGCUCGUGUGGAAGGACGGGAAAUUAUCUCCAAUCUGGCAAAAGCUGCUGGCCUGGCUCAUAUGAUCAGUACAAUGCGCCCGGAUAUCGACCAUGUGGACGAAUACGUCCGUAACACCACAGCCAGGGCGUUCGCUGUGGUGGCUUCAGCAUUGGGGAUUCCAGCACUCCUGCCGUUCCUACGUGCAGUCUGUCGAAGCAAGAAGUCAUGGCAAGCGAGACACACAGGGGUCAAGAUCGUGCAGCAAAUCCCCAUUUUGAUGGGUUGCGCGGUGUUGCCUCAUCUCAAAGGCUUGGUCGACUGUAUUGCCGACAAUCUAAGUGACGAACAAGCAAAGGUGAGGACGGUUACUUCACUGGCAAUCGCUGCACUUGCCGAGGCCGCCAAUCCAUAUGGUAUCGAGAGCUUCGACGAUAUUCUCAAUCCUCUCUGGACGGGCGCGAGAAAGCAACGAGGCAAAGGGCUUGCUGGCUUCUUGAAAGCCGUGGGCUACAUCAUUCCUCUCAUGGACGAGGAGUAUGCAAACUAUUACACCAGCCAGAUUAUGGAAAUUUUACUUCGAGAGUUCGCCUCGCCGGACGAAGAAAUGAAGAAAGUCGUGCUGAAAGUUGUUUCUCAGUGCGCGAGCACCGACGGUGUCACCGCUGCAUAUCUGAAGGAACACGUGCUACAAGAAUUUUUCAAGAGUUUCUGGGUCCGCCGAAUGGCACUUGAUAAGAGAAAUUACCGUCAAGUCGUGGAGACGACGGUUGAUCUCGGUCAGAAAGUCGGUGUCAGCGAGAUUGUCGAGCGAAUCGUCAAUAAUCUGAAAGACGAAAGCGAGGCUUACCGCAAGAUGACUGUGGAAACUAUUGAAAAGGUCAUCGCCUCUCUCGGCGCUGCGGAUAUCGGUGAACGACUCGAAGAGCGGCUCGUGGACGGCAUCCUCCACGCUUUCCAAGAGCAAAGUAUCGAGGAUAUUGUCAUGCUGAACGGCUUCGGAACAGUCGUCAACGCUCUAGGCACGCGAUGCAAACCUUACCUCCCACAGAUUGUCAGCACAAUUCUCUGGCGAUUGAAUAACAAAUCUGCCACUGUUCGCCAGCAAGCCGCAGACCUCAUUUCGCGUAUUGCAAUGGUCAUGAGGCAGUGUGGCGAAGAUGCUCUGAUGGGUAAGCUUGGUGUCGUCCUCUACGAGUACCUCGGCGAGGAGUAUCCCGAAGUCUUAGGAUCCAUCCUGGGUGCCCUCCGGUCCAUUGUCACCGUGGUGGGAAUAAACCAAAUGCAGCCACCGAUCAAGGACCUGCUACCGCGGCUAACCCCCAUUCUGCGCAACCGCCACGAAAAGGUCCAGGAAAAUACCAUUGAUCUCGUGGGACGUAUUGCGGAUCGAGGCCCUGAAUCUGUCAAUGCAAGAGAGUGGAUGCGUAUCUGCUUUGAACUUUUGGAUAUGCUGAAAGCACACAAGAAGGGUAUUCGUCGAGCCGCCAACAACACGUUCGGAUUUAUCGCAAAAGCAAUUGGUCCGCAGGAUGUUCUCGCGACCCUACUCAACAAUCUGCGUGUCCAAGAGCGGCAGUCCCGCGUGUGCACAGCAGUGGCUAUCGGAAUUGUUGCUGAAACAUGCGCUCCAUUCACGGUGCUACCGGCCUUGAUGAAUGAAUACCGCGUCCCUGAACUAAAUGUGCAGAACGGCGUGCUGAAAUCCCUGAGUUUUCUCUUCGAAUAUAUCGGCGAAAUGGCCAAGGACUAUGUCUAUGCCGUGACACCCUUACUGGAGGAUGCGCUUAUUGACCGGGACCAAGUCCACCGACAGACGGCCGCCAGUGUCGUCAAACAUGUCGCUCUAGGUGUUAUGGGUCUCGGGUGUGAAGACGCCAUGGUGCAUCUCCUCAACCUUCUCUACCCCAACUUAUUCGAGACGUCGCCUCAUGUCAUUGACAGGAUCAUCGAGGCCAUCGAGGCAAUAAGAAUGGCAGUUGGUACUGGCAUUGUGAUGAACUACGUGUGGGCAGGACUGUUCCACCCGGCGAGGAAAGUUCGCACUCCAUACUGGAGACUCUACAACGAUGCGUACGUUCACAGCGCCGAUGCGAUGGUGCCGUACUAUCCAAACUUGAAGGAGGAUGGGUUGCCUAGGGACGAGCUGUAUAUCAUGGUAUGA